AUGGAUAAGACCGAAGCUUUGAAGGUCAUACGGAACACUUUAUUGCAGUAUUCCGAGAAGGAUAACCCUUGGGUUCGAUUGUUUGAACAAUGUAAAACAGAUUUGGCUGCAGCAGAAACGGCGAAAACGUUGGAAAACACACAAGCAGCUAAAGGUGACUUAGAGAGCCAAAUUAAGGCGCUUACUUUAGAGAAUGCCCGACUGAAGGAAGACAUUGAUAACAAAUUUAAGCAGAUUAAAAAGUACAAGGACAUCAAUUAUGACUUGGAACAGAAGGCUAAAGACUUAGAAGAGAAGAAAUUGAUGGCAGAUACAUUAACUCAACAAGCGCAAUUAGAUUUGGAGACUGAAAAGGAGACGAACAAGAAUAUCAAAGAGGACGUCUUAUAUAACAAACAGCGAAACGAAUUGCUCCAACAAGAGAACAAAAGGAUAUCAGAGAGUUUGAAUGAGCAGACGCAAAAGGCGGAGAAGGCCAUCAUCACACAGAAGGCAGCGGAGAAAUCCAAAUUAGAUGCCGAGACGGCGCUCUUAGACCUUCAGAAAACGUUUGAAGCGGCGAACAACGAGCUGAUCACUUUUAAAGCAAAAUCAACACAAGUGGAGAGUCUUGUCUUAGAACAAGAGAAUGAAAUCGCUGAGUUACAGAACAAAGUAAAAGACAAGGAGAAAGUGAUCAGUGGUCUUAAUAUGGACUUAGACGAGUAUGGGAAGGACUUAGAUAUGGAAGUAGCGAAUCACAAAGCGACACAAAAGAAGUUAGAAGACCAAAAACUGGACAACGAGGAUCUCCGUGGACAAAUUGAGAAAUUGAAGGAGACGGUCGAUAAGCUGAAAAACGCGGGGAAUGACGUCCAACGCCUUGCGGACCAGAACAACAUGUCGAAGAACGCUGCGGAGAGGAGAUUAGUGGAUAUCCAGAAGAACUUGGAGAACACCAAAGAGGACUUAGAUAAGACGGAAGUUGAACUUGCUGAUACGAAGAAGAAGUUAAAAGACGCGAUCAAAGAGAAGGAAGACUUAGAACAGAACUAUUCGUCGGGGAAUUCCAUUUUGGAGAACAUCAAAGAAAGUAAAGUGAAGAUCGAACAGGAGGUCGUCGACUUGAACAAUCAACUUGAUGAACAAAGAAAGAAGACCGUUGAGGCUGAAGGCAACUUUAAACGAUCAGAAGCGACGAUUGUUGCACUCCAGACAGACCUUUCCGACGCGAGACAUGACAUCGAUGGACUCAAUAUCCAAAUUAAGAGUCUUCAGAAUGAAAUAGCGUCGAAGGAGGAAGACACCGAACACUGCUUGAAUGACUUGAAUGCGGAGAAGAGCCUGACGAAGCGCCUGAAUGCCCAAAUAGAAGACUUGAAAGACGACGCUGCGAAGGGAGCAGAGAGGGAACAGAAGCUGAAAGAUGAGAAUAAGACACUUAGUGAUGAGUUGGAGAUGAAUAAAGAGAAAUUGAAUCAAAUAGAUAUCACCGUCUCUAAUGGGGAGAGAAGAACUAAAACCCUCGAGACGCAAAUUUCGAAUUUGAAUGAUACGAUUGAACGACAGAAAAAGGAAUACGCCGUCUUAACGAAGAAAUAUAACGACUUGACAGUCGACUUCAAAGACAAAGAAAAUGAGGCGGAGACGUCGUUUGAGAAGAUCCGAGCGCUGAACUCGACGAUUGGGCAAAAUGAGAGACAAAUUGUCGACUUGAAGGACACAGUAAGUAAGUUAACGCCAGACCUCCAAGCGGCGAAAGAUAAUAUUAAGGCGUUACAGAAACAAAAUAAAGACCUUCUGGAGAAGAACGACGAUUUACAACACGAGGUGAACACAUUAAAUGAGAAACAGAAGCAAUUUAUGGAGGGCCAUAUUUCGAUGGACGAAUUGAACGACUUUGAGAACCAAAUUGCGCGGAAAUUGAAGGAGAAACAGACCCAGUUUGAUGAUAUGGUGGAUAAAUUGACGUCGGCGCUUGACGAUAAAGAGAAGCAGAACGACAAGUUGGAGGGGAGGAUCACCGAGUUGAAUAAAGAGCGAGAAGUCCGGAUCGACGAGAUCGAGAAGGCGCAGCGAGAGCGCGCGGACUUUGAACAGAAAGCGAAAUUGGCGAAGAUUGAGAGCGACGCGAAGGCGGAGAUGCUUGAGAGAGCGUUGAAAGACCGCGACGCGUUGAAGGCGCAAAUCCGAGAGAAUGAGGAACACAUUGAGACAUUGUCUGCUGGGAAUGUGGAUGCGUCUAAAGUGGUAGAAGCAGCUGUAGCGUCUUAUAAGACACAAGUGAGUGAUUUGAAUAUGGCGAUUAACAGCUUGAAAGAGGAGAAUGAGAGGAUGAAGGAGAAUAUGGACUCCUUUAGACUAGAUGCUUCAGACUUGAAGGUCCUUUUAGAUGACAAGGACCGCGAAUUGAAGAGUCUGCAACUCAAAUAUGUUGCUUUAACAGACGAGUUGAAGCACAGAGAAGACGUUAUAGCAGAUAUGAGGCUGAAGAAGAAACAAGACACCGACGAGAAGGCGGAGAUGGAAAUGAAGAUGAAAUUGAUGGGAAGCCAAAUGAACGUCCCGCAACGGGAAAUGGAACAGAAGAUCUUCGACGCGGAGUUGAAGACGAAGAGCGUGUUGGGCGACUUAGAAAUCGUCAAUCAGCAACUUGCGGAUAUGACGGAAAAGAAGAAAACGCUUGAGAAGGAGGUAGAAAGUGCGUCUGAGAAGUAUGAGCGGCUCGACAAGAACUAUAAAGAGCUUGAACGGACGUAUAAAGAGAAUUUUGAGGAGAAGACGCAAUACAAGAAUAAGAUGGCUGAGAUGGAGAUCGAGAUAGAAGCGAAGAAGGAGACGAUCGAAGAGAUGCAAGAGAAGUAUGAUGACCUUAAGAACGAGAAGGAGUAUAAUGAAGCAACACAACAAAGUAAUGAAAAGGUAGGGGAUGAAUUCACUGCGAAGAUGAUGGAGCUGAACAAGAAGAUGUUAGAGACGAAUAAGAUGUACAAAGACACGAAGAGUGAAUUGAUUAAAGUGAAGAGUGACUUGGAAGACGUCGAAAAGGAACUUGAAGAGACUAAGACGGAGUUAGUGAGUAAGGACAAUGAACUGAAAAAAGCUUUAUCGUCGAACGAUGAGUUACAGUAUAAAGUCAAAUUCACGAAUGAAGCGUGUGGGUCGGACCAAAGUGCGUAUCAAAAAAUGGAAGAAGAACUGGACGACUUAAAUAAUGACUAUGACGAGUUACAAGAUCAAUGCGAUAUCUUAACACAAUCGAACGAUACAUUAAAGAAAAAGAAUAUGGAGUUGACGGAAAUGUACGACAGCUUGAUGGACGAGAAUAAGAAGAACAAAAGAAUUAUAGAGAAGAACAAGUUUGCGCUCGAAGACAAAGCAGAUAAAAGUGAAGACGAGGACGACUCAUAUCAACGCAUGAAAGAUCAAUACGACGACUUGAAGAAGAAGACGGACGAAACAAUUAAGCAACUGAAUCAACAGAACGAUGAGUUAAAAAGGAAGAUCGAAGACAUGGAGAUUAAGAUGACGGCAUUGAACGCAACACAAAACAAUGGAGGCGACGACGUCGGUAAGUUGAAACAACAGAUCGCCGCUUUACAAGAAGCCUACGACAACGAUAAACAAGACUUGACUGCUAAAGCAGCUCGUUUCAAAAAGAACGCAUCAAAGUACAAAGAAGCGCUUGCACAGGCAGAAGAACAAAAACAAAAAUUGUCCGACGACUUGGCUAAGGCAAAAGCAGGCGGAGGAAGUUCUGCGGAGACAAAAGACUUGAAGUCGAGAAUCAGAGACUUACAGUCGGAGAAAGAAACACUCGAAGAGAAGGUGUCCGCGGCUAACGACGCGACGCUCCAAGCUAAAAGAGAUGGACAAGACGCUCAAGAUAAACUCGAACAGUUGCAGGCAAAGUAUAAGAAGCUUAGAAAGCAAUUUGAAGCUUUACGAGAUGCUGACGAUUAA